AAAUAAUAUUAAAUCUCUAUUUGAAAACUGGCUUAAAGUCUGGGACAAAAAUUUUGCAUUUUUUUUUUAUAGCAAAGCUAUGAUAUUUGGCCGCAUUCAACUGUGUGUAACAUGUGCAUAUAACUUGUCAGCACGUGUAAGUUUUUAUAGCGAAGUAUUCGCGCAAAUUUGUAAUGGAAGAAACUGAAAGAUCAUAAAUAAGAACGUAUUUUAAAUAGAAAUUAAAGAAAGCUCUGUAUAUCAUAUUAUUCCAAGAUGAGUACAAUAUUGGAAAAGAUUGCUUCAAUCGAAGCCGAGAUGGCUCGUACUCAAAAAAAUAAAGCUACAUCUAGCCACUUAGGUUUACUAAAAGCAAAAUUAGCUAAACUGAGAAGAGAACUCAUAACUCCAAAAGGUGGCGGAGGUGGUGGUGAGCAAGGUUUUGAAGUGGCUAAAACUGGUGAUGCUAGAAUAGGUUUUGUUGGCUUUCCAUCUGUUGGUAAAUCUACUCUUUUAAGCACUCUUGCUGGUGUAUAUUCAGAAGUUGCAGCAUAUGAGUUUACAACCCUGACGACUGUUCCAGGGUGUAUAAAGUACAAGGGUGCAAAAAUACAGUUAUUGGAUCUUCCCGGUAUUAUCGAAGGUGCCAAGGAUGGCAAGGGACGUGGAAGGCAAGUUAUAGCAGUAGCUAGAACUUGUAGUUUAAUAUUCAUUGUUCUGGAUGUACUGAAACCACUUGGACACAAAAGGCUAAUUGAGCAUGAAUUAGAAGGCUUUGGGUUACGAUUAAACAAACAGCCACCAAACAUUACCUUCAGGAAAAAGGAUAAAGGUGGCAUCAACUUUCAGACUACGUGCGCACAAUCGGAACUUGACUUAGACAACGUGAAAACUAUUCUGUCAGAGUACAAAAUUCAUAAUGCAGAUAUUACUUUGCGGUAUGAUGCUACGUCCGACGAUCUGAUCGACGUUAUCGAGGGAAACCGUGUUUAUGUACCUUGUAUUUAUUUGCUCAAUAAAAUAGAUCAAAUCAGUAUCGAAGAGUUAGACGUUAUUUACAAAAUUCCGCAUUGUGUACCUAUUUCUGCUCAUCAUAAAUGGAACUUCGAUGAUUUGCUUGAAAAAAUGUGGGAUUAUUUGCAGCUGGUUCGAAUUUAUACCAAACCUAAAGGUCAACUUCCGGAUUAUAAUUCUCCUGUAGUAUUAAAUAGAGAGAAGCGAACUGUUGAAGAUUUUUGUAACAAACUUCAUCGAUCUAUCGCAAAAGAAUUUAAGUAUGCUCUUGUAUGGGGUUCGUCUGUCAAACAUCAACCGCAGAAAGUAGGUAAAGACCAUGUAUUGUGCGACGAGGAUGUCGUACAGAUUGUGAAAAAAGUAUAAUUCCACUUAAAGUUUUACGCGCAAUUAUAAUA